UCCGAACGGGUUGAAAUUUUGUAUCAACAAUCUUCGUAUUGAGAAAUAAGCAAAUAUCGAGUUUUGAGUUGAUUGGAGCAUUUUUAACCCCCAGUCUGCAAGACAAACUGUGGUCUGCAAAUUAGAAACGCCUGAUUUCGGACAUGGAACGAGUGUUCACCAUUAAAAGCAAAUCAAUAAUUAGAGCUUUAGCAUGGCACCCUUGGAAGAGCUCAUUGUUUGCUUGUGGCUGUACUGAUGAAGCUUCAGCACGUGUAACUAUAUGGAAUAUAAAUACUCAAAACCAAGUUGCUCGUGAAAAAACCUGUUACAAAAAUUCGUCUAUAGGUGCUUUAACUUUUAAUCCAAUUAGUGGAGAACUUGUGGUCAGCUAUUUUGUACGUGAAGGAAGUGGAAUUAUCACUGUUAUUUCGAGUAUUGAUACAGUUGUAGAGGAAUUCCAUAUUCAUGAUGCUCCCAUAUUGUAUCUUCUCUGGGGUAGUGGAGGAAGACAGUUAGCCUCUGUAAGUGCGGAUGAGAAUUUAUGUAUAUGGAAUUUUUUUGGUAAUCCUAGCAUAGAAAUAAAGCAAACACAAGACAACUCCAGACGCUCAAAUUUGAUUUAUCCUUGCAUUAGGUAAACAUUUUAAUCUGUUCCUUUUAGUGUUGAAGGUUUUUAUAUUUUGUAAUUUGUUUGAAUUUUUUCACUUCAAUGUGUGUCACCCAUCAUCACCGCAUAUACUAGAUUUUUAU